AAAAUUACACUUUUUAAACUUCAAAUCUCCAAAUAAUACCUCAGUAUUUCUUCUUAAAGCACUUUUACACUUGAUACACUCGAUAUAGUCGUCUAGGUAGUAACGUUUUACUUGUUUUGUACCUUGUCUUAAUGCUACAUAAGCACCGAUUAGAAAACUACAACAAUUAUUUUAUUUAACAUUCCUACUUCUUCUAGGUAAAUGUGCAUAGAUACUAAACAUACACCUGUAUAUAGAUAUCCCAGCACUCCUAAAUGUCUCAAUAAUAUCAUGAUAAUUUAGUUUUAUUGUGUGGAAAAUAUUCUAAACUGUCACAACAAUGUCAACCCACACAAACAAACAAACAAACAAACAAGAUGGCUGACUCUGGUUUUCUGUUUUAAACAUUCACCUGGAAAAUUCACCUGGAACCUUAAACAUUCACCUGGAAAAUAUUACAGGUACUCGAUGGCUCUGGCAGUCUGUGUGAGUGUCCUGCUGCUGCUUCUCUGCGUGUGUGUAUCUGUGUGUUCGGCUGAUUAUUAUUCCGUGUUAGGAGUUCCUCACUCUGCCUCAGAGAGAGAUAUAAAGAAAGCGUUUCACCAGCUGGCCCGGACGCUCCACCCAGACAGGAACCACAGUCCAGAUGCUCAACACGUCUUCACGCAGCUUGCACAAGCCUACGAGGUGCUGUCUAACCGUGAGAGACGGAGAAUCUACGACCAAUCCGCCGAGAUGGAGAAGAAGCUGGAUUUUGCUGGUGAUGACCAGCAUGGUUCCUAUGGUAACAGUGAUUUCCUGGCCCUCGGUCUACACGAGCUCCUAAAUAUGCUGCGUAUGGAGGAUGAUUUCACGAUGUGGGAAGAUCAUGAUGUUUGUCUGGGUCAGGGGUGGAGCUUUAAUAUGUGGGAUGAAGGUCAGGAUGAUGAUGGUGAUCAUCUUAGCGAUAUGUUUAGUGUGCUGUGAGGUCAGAGAGAAGAAGAGUAAA